AAGACACCCAGUGAGAAAGAAGGGAAGAGCAGGGCUGAAGUAAAUGGGCCAAGUGGCAGUCUCAUUCUUGCUGUGUGAGAUCACGGGGAGGCAUAAUGUGCUUUGAUCUGCUUCUCUACAAAAAACAAGACUGAACGAGACAAUAGAAGAGACACAGAAGAAAAAGGAGGGAGGACAGGAGGAUAUAGGAAGGAAGGGUGGAAGAGGGGACUUUUUUGGGAUCUACUCUAAGCACCAGUCGGAAUCUAGUCGGAAAAGUGUGUCACAGGGGCUGAGAUACAGCCCUUCCUUGGACUAAACACAGCCGUCUUACUGCAGAAGGGACACAAUGAACUAUCUGAAUGUGUUGGCAAAGGCGUUGUAUGACAAUGUGGCCGAAUCACCGGAUGAGCUGUCCUUCCGGAAGGGAGACAUUAUGACUGUGUUGGAGCGUGACACACAGGGACUGGAUGGCUGGUGGCUCUGCUCCCUCCACGGUCGCCAAGGCAUCGUCCCCGGCAACCGUCUCAAGAUACUGGUCGGCAUGUAUGACAGUAAGCAGCAGCAACAGUCUACGCCUUCUACACCAGAUCCAGCCGCCUGUUCCACCUCCCUUGUGCAGCAACCCCUCCCCCCUCAGAGUGCUUACACCCAACAAACCCUUGCUCUUUCUUCUGCUGCUAUUGCCACAUCCUCCGGCUUUGCCAACAAGCCCCUUCACUCAGCUCAGUACACGUCCAUGCACCCAACCUACUGCACCCCCAGUCCUUCACAGCCCAACCUUGACUCUGUCUAUAUGAUGCCCCCCUCUCACAGCCCAAAACCAUCCCCAAGUUCCCAUGGUCUUUAUCAGGUCCCCUCUGGCCCAGGUGGACCCAGUCCACUGGCCAUGCCGGGACCCCCCAGUAAGGCACCAGCUUUGGCGCAGAGAAAGUACCAGCUGCCUGCAAAGGACAUCUACCAGGUGCCCCCUUCUCUUGGCCCAGGGCCCGGCCAGGGAGCAGCCCUGACUGGCAGUACAGGAGCAGGGCAGGAUUUGUACCAGGUGCCAUCAUCCCUUGAAAAGAGGAACUGGGAGAGCAGCAACAAGCCACCGGGGAAGGUGGUAGUUCCUACUCGGGUUGGACAGGUGUAUGUAUAUGACACUGUUAAACCAGACCAGGACGAGUAUGACGUCCCACCCAGACAUUCACCUUCCAUCCAGCAGGACAUAUAUGAUGUGCCACCCAUCCGCCAGCAGGCCAACACACAGGUGUAUGACACUCCUCCCAUGGUGGUUAAGGGGACCUCUGGUGGUCAAGAAAUAUAUGACACCCUAGCAAGUACUGAAAAGAACACGCAGCAGACAGUCUAUGACUUCCCCCCAUCUGUCAGUAAAGAUGUCCCUGAUGCCCAGCCAAUUAGAGAGGAAACCUACGAUGUUCCUCCCCACUUUGCCAAACUCAAACCCCAAGUCCCCGUCCCUCCUAGCCAGUACCGGCACAAAAACCUGAAUGACAAUGAGCCACCCAUUCCAGAGGACGUGUAUGAUGUCCCGCCCCCCAUUUUGACUGAAAAGCAUUAUCACAGAGAUAGGAGCGGGGUGAGCCAGGCCCCACAGAAGAUCUAUGACAUCCCAGCAAGCCUGCGGACUGGAGGUCACCCCAUCCAGGAUGUCUACGACUUCCCCAGGGAAAGAGAGGAAAGAGGAGGAGAGAGGGGAGAUCACUAUGUCUACGAUGUUCCACCACAGGUUGUGCGUGAUGCCCAGUCUGCCAGUGAGGAGCUGAACAUGUCCUUCAAGCGGCUGUCUUCCUCGAGUACUGGAAGUACACGGAGCAAUCACUCUGCUUCAUCCUUAGACAUUGUCUCUGUUCAUGACACCUCAUCUUCCUCCUCACUUCCUGCUCCUGGCUGCAUCUCAGGGAAACCCCUCAUCUUGGACCUGGAGCAGGCCAUGGAGCGUCUGUCUCGCCUGCAGCAAGCCGUUGAGUCCAGUGUUUCCCUCAUGAUGUCAUUCAUCACAGGUAACUGGAGAAGCCCUGCUCUCCUGGAAGGGAACCUUUCAGCCAUUCAUCAGGCCGCAGACCGGGUGCGUGCCACUGUCCGAGACUUCCUAGAAUUUGCCAGGGGGGCUGUGGCAAAUGCCUCCCAGGCCACAGACCGCUCUCUGCAGUCUAAACUGGGCCGUCAGGUGGGGAAGAUGGAGGAGGUCUUCCAGAGUUUGGUUCAACACAGUCAGAGCUUAGACGCUAUUUCCUGGUCACACAUGGCACUCACAGCACCGCCACCGGGAGGGGAUGAUUUAGAUCGAAUCAUCAUGACAACACGGGGUAUCCCAGAUGAUGCAAAGCAGCUUGCCUCCUUUCUCCACGGUAAUGCUUCUCUGCUCUUCAAACGGAGCAACCGGCAGCAGCAGCAGCUGCCACUUCCUCCAAUCCCAGGGGAGAUCGGCAGUCACACGACAGGACCAGGUAAUGGGAGCUAUCAGGGAGGGGAUAAGAUGAACAUACAGUCAAGACCCCUCCCCUCACCACCAAAGUUUACUGCUGGAGAGGAAGAGGAAGGUGUGAACAGGCCAUAUGAGACCACAGAAGAAGGCUGGAUGGAGGAUUACGACUAUGUGCAUCUACAGGGAAAGGAAGAGUUUGAGAAAAACCAAAGACAGCUGCUGGAGAAAGGCAACAUCAUCCGCCACAACAAGACACAACUGGAACAGCAACAGAAGAAACAGUUUGAACGAUUAGAGCAGGAAGUCAGCCGGCCUAUCAACAAUGACAUGACGGGUUGGGUCCCGCCCCCCCACCAUCCUCUGGCCGACCAGCUAGCCCAGAAUGGCCCUGGAGGCCUCUCUUCCUCCAAGCUCUGCCACGGCGACCAGCAACUCCUCCUGUUCUACCAGGAGCAGUGUGAGCAGAAUGUAACAACGGUGACCAAUGCCAUCGACGCCUUCUUCACUGCUGUCAACUCCAACCAGCUGCCAAAGAUUUUUGUGGCACACAGCAAGUUUGUCAUCCUUAGUGCACACAAGUUGGUGUUCAUCGGUGACACACUGUCACGUCAGGCCAAUUCUCCUGAGGUUAGGUCAAGAGUGGCCCAGAGUAGCAACAUCCUCUGCGAGAAACUCAAAGACAUUGUGAUCAGUACAAAGACAGCGGCACUUCAGUAUCCUUCCCCUGGAGCAGCCAGAGACAUGACUGAGAGGGUGAGGGAGCUAGCUGGGUAUACGCAGCAGUUCAGGGUGGUGCUGGGACAGCUGCUGCUUAUGUAGGGGUUGACAGGGGAGAAGAAAAAAAACAAUGACACAAAAUGAGAUGUCCCAGAAACAUGGGGUAAUAAAUGCUCCCUGUAACACGGCGUGGACGACACUGUGUACACCCUUUCAGUGUGAGGUUUGAGACCCUCGACUGGAAGAGGAUUUCCAUUCCUUCUGUUUCUUACAUGAAGUCAGGGAAACCCCGAGACCCUGUCUGGGACUGGGAGGCUGACCUCAAAUCCAUCCUCUGCUCCCUCCCUAUAUCGUUUUACACUUUAACCAUUCCUCUUUCAUCACAGCAAGCAUUUUAUUCUAGACAAAAUAAAAAAAAUAAAAAUAUCAUCAGUGGGCUGGGCUAAUGGUUGUAAAAUAAUCAUUGUAAUUAUUAGGGUACAUAUUUAGUCAGCAAUCCAGAAGAAUAAAAGUCUACAGAACUGCCAGUGUAUAAAUAUAAAUAUUCGGCUUUUUUUCAAUAUGAUGAAUACAUAAAUGUAGUUUUUGACACUAUCGAUAAUAAUUAUAUAAUAAUAUUGCUAUACCAUUGAUUAUGGCUCUGAUUCUUGAUCCUUGUAUCUUUAUUGUUAUUGACAUGUUAUUUCCAGAUGCUAAGGAGAUAUGUUGUAAUACCUUUAUGCUCUUCCAUCCCUGACAAAGGCACACUUUUCAAGAAAACACUGGAGCACACAGCCAUCUUUAAAGUUCACCUGAUGAAAAUCUGACAGCUCUUCAUGUUGCCAUGUUGCCUCAGAGUUUGAGCAAGGUGUCAACAUUAAGUCCACCAGUGCAGGCAACCCUGCUGCCAAAAGAUUUCAACAUAACUGUACAGUUCCAUUACUGUAGUUAUUAAAGAUUAUCUCAGUGAUAUACUUUUUUUGUAAAUCUAUAUGUUGGUUGUUUUGUAAGAGGCAUGUAUCAGAGAAAAAGCGUGUAAAGGGUUAACGUUAAACAAAUGAAAUUAAACCAUUUU